AUGUUUUUACGUGUAUUGAGACAGCCAGCAGUUAGACGAAGUAUCAUUCCAACUUCACGUCGUUUCCUAAGAUUCAACUCUACAGAAGCGUACACAAAUGCGAUCUCCAAUUUGAAAAAAGAUUUAAAGGAGGCAAUGAGUGCCAAGGAUGAGGUAAAGAAGACAACAAUAAGAAGCAUAUUAUCCACUGUUAAGAAUGAAGAAAUAGCUAAUGCUAAAAAUGAUUCUACUCUCAAUGAAUUUAGCUUAUUCGAUACCUUUUCCAGAUUGAUAACACAACGUAUGGAAUCUAUUGAAAAUUAUAAGAAAAAUGAUAGACAAGAUUUGGUGAAUAACGAACAAAAGGAAUUGGAUAUUUUAAAGGACUAUAGAGCCAAAUUGCCUGUAGCAACAGAAGAUGAAAUCAACGCUAAAGUUUUGGCGCUAUUAAACAAACUCAAAGAGACUCAAGAAGGGUUGAAAAUAAAUCAAGUAAUGAGUAAAUUGGACUGGAAGACUAUUCCAACCGAGUGGAGAGCUUCUGCUAAUUCAAUUAAGAAAAGUGUUGUUUCUCAAUUCAAAGACGUAUUCGAGAGAAUGAAGUAA